GAGAAAGCAGGAGAACAUUUCUGGGCGAGAAGUUAAAGCACAUGAUAGAUUUUCUAGCUGCACCAAAUAACUCAGAGUUAGCAACCACUAAGGCAGGAAAUGAAAUGGAGCAACAAGAUGCAUCAGGUACUCUGUGCGAGGAACACGAAUGUGAAGCAAGAUACCAUUCUUUGAGAGAAGAGCUUGAAUACUGGAAGUCUCAUACUCUGGACACUAAAGAUAUGCUUCAGAUGCUCCAGGAAGAAGUUAACAGAAGCAGUAAAAAAUUCAGAAAUGAAGAGUGCAGGCUUCAGAAUGGACUAACUUUGCUGGAAGCAAUAAUAGAGAUACACAAACAACAGAACAACAAGUUAAGGGACAAUAAUUAUGAGUUGGAGGAGAAACUGCAAAAGAAAAAUGAAGAGCAUAAAAAAGAAACAAGAGAAUUAAAUAGAGAAAUGGAUAACUUGAAAGAAAAUAAUAACAAAUUAAGACUUUUUAUAACAGAGGUUGUGAAAAUUAAUGAAGAGUUUAAAGAAGACAGGGAAUUAUGGGGUCAAGAUAAAUACUGUGAACUUGAAGAAACUGUUGAAAGAACAAGAAACUCAAUUAACGAUAUACUAGGGAAUGCUAACUUAUACGUUGAAACUCUGCAGCAGGAAAAUGAAAUCAAAGCUGUACCUCACCGGUCCUGGUACACUUUUUUGUUGUGCUUCAGAAGGAACAGAAGUUGAUCUGAGCAAUAAACAAUGUAAAAGGAGUUCAAAUUUACUGAUCUACUUAAUAAAAUAGUUUGAAUUUAA